AUGCAAUUGCCAUCUCCCACACCAUCCGCACCAACCACUGCAACUCCAGAUCACCAUCUAACUCACUGGGGAUUUCCCUUGGGGAAAGAUCAAGUAACAUUCAUCGAUCAUGAUUGUAUUAUUGACACCGAGGGCUACCCACUUUAUCCCAACAACAACACCAUAUUUGUACUACAACCUGGCACCGAGAUCACCAACUUCGGCACAGUAGGAUUUUCAAAGACCACCUCUUCUGAAAUUUCAAAGGACCGACGCUGGAAAAUAUCCCGCGCGCACUGCCUUGGGGGUUGUGAGUACGCUGGACCCACCCCUACAGGCCAAGAGAAGAUUGAGGAGCUCAUCCGCACGCCAUGCUGCCCAGCUGCCGACUGCACAGGGAAGAUCUACUGGAAGGAAUGUCGCAAUACCCAAACUAGGUUUGAUCACGAAGUCAGUACUGGCUGGAGGCUGAUGCGACACCAAGGAUUUCAUGACCACCCAUGGCCAACCUCAAAGAAACCCGACCGUCUAGCCAGGAAACUGCUCGCCUUGGAAGUGGCCAAAAAUCCAAAGGCUGGGGCUCUACAACUCAAGGUUUGGCUCAAUCCUCUAACUUAA